UGUGAAAGUAGUGACGAGCUAGCUUUGCCGUGUUGCAUUGUUUACAAGCGUUAUAAGAAUUUUCCCGACAGCACCUGAAGGCAUCACUUUUUGCGUCUGUCGUCAUCACGGAAGCUUCAUUUGACGAUAUUCACACAGAUGCUGUGCACGAAUGUAGUCGAGUGAUAUGUCUACUCUUUCUUCAGAGAUGGAGUCUCAGAAUUCAAACCUGCUCUGCUCCAUAUGCUGGGAGUGUUUCAUGGUCCCUGUAACCAUCCCCUGUGGUCACACCUUCUGUCAGAAGUGCAUCACUCUUCACUGGGACACCAAGAUCAAGUCUGAUAUAGGACCUCAGUGCCCAAUCUGCAAUGAGAAGUUUGCUACCAGACCCACUCUCAAGCGUAAUGUGUCCCUGUCAGUCUUGACUGAGGCUGCAAUCAGCACCGGCCCCUCCUGUAGAGAGUCGCCCAUGAGGGGAAGUGAAGGGGCGAGAGCCAUGCUGCUGUGUGAUCGCCAUAAAAAGCCUCUGGUUUAUUACUGCAGGCAGGAUAAAAUGUCUGUGUGCUGCGAGUGUGGCAUCUCUCAGUGCGCGAGCCACGAUAAAAUCCUUUUGGAGGCAGAAAAGGAGAAUCAAGAGCUGCUGCUGGAGAGGAAGAGUAAGGAGGUGGAGAAACUCACUGAAGCAACGCAGAAAAGUAUAAAUGAGUUGAAGGAGAAUAUCAGUCAAGCUAAGGUGACUCUUCAGCAGACGUCCACCUGGGUCAAUGUCAAGUUCUCCUCCCUGAUUAAAAUACUGGCUGAGAAGCAGGAGGCUACGGAGUUCUUCAUUGAAAAGCAGAAAGAAGCAGCGAUCUCCGAGGCGGAAGCUCGGCUGGCUGAACUGGAAGAGCGUUCCCUGGUCCUCCAGCAGAGCCAGGGACAGAUAGCAGCUGUACGUACGCUCUCCGACACAGAGCUCAUCAAGGAAUCACAGGUCAUAGAAGUUCCACGUUUCAAAGACAUUCCCACAGAUGUAACAGCAAACCUUCUAGAUCGAUUAAACGGAGUCACAGAUGUCUUGUCCCGGGUCUCCAAGCUGGUGUCUGAGGACCUGGAGAAAGCUGUGACCACUGCUGUGGGUCCUGACAAAGAUGGUUCUCCUCAGGAUAAGAGGCCGGUCCUGGCUGUGGUUCCCAGUCCAGCCGCUCCCUGCAACCCUGGUGGGAAGGAGGGCCUCAGUGCUUACCGAUGCUCUCUGACCUUUGACCCGCGCACGGCCAACGGGCACCUGUUUCUGUCCCAGGAGAACCGGAGGGCGGAGCAUCUGACCUCUGGGCCACGCCCCGUCCCGGCCCACGAGUCACGCUUCGAUCACACCUGGCAGGUGCUCUGCUUUCAGGGCUUCACCCAUGGACAGCACUACUGGGAGCUGGAGGUGUCCAAGCCCUGGGCCUACCUCGGGGUAACCUACGAGAACAUCCCCAGGAAGGAGAAGGGCAAGAGGUGCAUGGUGGGUAUGAACGAUCUGUCGUGGAGUCUGCAGCUGGACGAGCAUCAGCUCAGCGCCUGGCACAACGGCCGGCGGGAGACUCUGGCCGGCCACUCCCAGCACAGCCGCAUCGGCAUGCUGCUGGACUACGAGGCGGGGACGCUCACCUACUACGGAGACGGGCAGACCAGGCUCCACGCCUUCCACUAUGCCUUCAGCCAGGAGCUGUUCCCCGCCUGCUGGAUAGGAGAGGGGGUCAGCAUCACCCUCUGCUCCACCAACUGACUCACAAAGAGAAGUAAUAAGAAGCACUACGAACACGGCCACUUGCUCACUCAACGUGGAGGAUCCUUUUUUUUAAAACCCUUUUUAAAUGCCUGCCUUCCCAAAUUGUUUUAAACAAUAUAUCGGCCCGUCAUUGGUCUUCUCUCCCCAAAUUGUCCGCCUGAUUUUACUCAUUCGCAUUAUUACUUACCACACGACAAUAACAGAGCUAAGGAUCCUAGUUCUCUUGCUGGGCUGGGGCUGGUGCUGGUGCUGCUGGUUCGCAGUUGGUUCAACUUCCAAACCAUCUCAGAACCUGUUUAAUUUUCCUUAAUUAUGUCACUGUUUACGCCUGCUUACGUCUCCGCUCUCUGCAAGCAUAAUAACAACAGCAGACUCCAUCGUCUCUUUACAAAUGUUACUCAGGGCUUUGUGAGUCUACACUGACAUCCAAACACAACAUGCACAACACAUUUGUGAUGUUGGUCUUGAUCACUAUGGACAUCGAUUACGUUGUUAUUAACACUGAGCGUGGGAUGUUGUAAGCUAGCGAUAUUCCCCGCUCUAGCCCUUGUUAGUCACGAUUAGGGUUGCCAACCGUCCCUUGAAAAACGUAAUCGUCCCGUAUUUAGAAACAAAAGCACCCGUCCCGUAUUGAGAUGCAAAGGGACGCAUUUAGUCCCGUAUUACUGUGAGAGUCAAAAAAUAGUCAGUAAAUGCCAAUGAAAAAUGAAUAACCUCCUUUAUAUGUAAACUUAAGGUAAACUUGUUCCCAGGCCCCGUCCUGCUCUGUGACCAAUGAGCUGACAGCAUAUUCACACAACAGUAUGACGAUACAGAAUACGCUCAUCCCAUUGGUCGAGGAGAAGAUAGCAGAAGACAACAAAGCAGCAUGCGUAGGUGACAACGACGACACUGCUUUACGGGGCGAUACACCUUCGAGCAGCAAUCCAACAAAUACUCCUCUGAGAAAAAAAAACAGAAAAGGAUGCAAAAAUACUGAGGAAUGGGAAAAAGGAAACACCUGGGUGGAAAAAGUGUGUGAUAACAUCUAUAAAACCACUGCACGGUGUGCCAGCGCUCUUUUCCCGUAGC